AUGGCUAUUACGCUUUGGGCUUUAAUAAGUUUUUGGUAUGCUUUUAGCAUUAAACCGUUAAAAUUAGGUUUGUUUGCGGGGGUUGCGGGCCGGAAUGGCUAUUUAGCAGCGCUUUUGGGGCGGCCCGUUGCCGGUAUAAUUAUAUGGAAGGUUAUUGCGCCGUAUGCCAAAACCGUGCGGUACAUUACGUUGUAA